UUCCAAUUUACACGACCUUUUUCUUUAAGUUCAGUCUUUUCCAAUCAAAGUGAGAGAAUUGUUAAUGAGACAGAGAAAACAGAAGUGAAAGAUUUUAGAACGAUAGUUAACUAGACAUAUCAUAUCAUAUAUCAUAUAGUGUAUCAAUCGUACUACUUUCCUAUUCAUAUACCAUGUCAUAUACUGCUAGUACACAACCAGUCAGAUCAGACCCACCACAGUCUGAUUAUGAACUAAUUGAUGUUGAUCCUCAUUUCAAUAGAGUAGUGGGAUACUUUAGAAGUUCAGAUUAUCUUGCUUGGGGAGCUUCAACUGCUGCUUUCCCAUUGGCUUUACAAGCUUGGGAAAGAUUGGAACCAGCCCAAGGUGCAUUCAAAGCUCCUGGUAAAGUUCCAGGUGGGGCUUUAAGAACUGCCACUUUAUUAGGUUUUCUUGGUGGAUUUUAUUUAGCUUAUGUUAGAUCAUCAAAAAGAUUCUUAGGUUGGACUGAAAAUGAAAGAGAAGUUAAAAAGGAUAGAUAUGAAAUAAAGAAAUUAUUAUCUCAAGAAAAAUUACCUUAUCAUGAAAAUGAAUCAGUAUUGGAUGAUAGAUUAAAAGAUAUUGCCAAUAGAAAUUCUCAAUUUUCUUUUACUGCUUUUGCUGUGUUACCAUGGUUUAAUUUAGUUCAUCAUCCUUAUCAUGGAGUUAAUGUUCAAAAAUAUUAUGUUGAUAGACCAGGUGAAGAAGCAUGGGGAUUUAAAUUGAAACCAUAUGAUGAAAUUAAAGCUAAAUAUACUAAAGUUAUUGAAUAAAUUAAUUAAUUCAUAAACAUCCAUACCAAAUUAAAAAAAAAAAGAAAAGUGGUUUAAUCCAAUCCCACUAUCAGAUAUCAUUCACAUACCUCACCUAGAGCUACUUUAUGUAAUAUAAUCAUUCACAUCGCAAUCUCAUCCAUUGUACCAACAACCUACCGCCAACCCACCUUUAUUUCAUUCACUGAUACACUUAUAUUUAUUUAAAUUUUGUUAUUUUAAAAGUAUUUAACACUAUUUAAAAUACAUUAGUAACGAUAUUCUUAGUAA